GCCCGGCUUCUCCGGCGCUCGCCAGGCUCAGGGAGCGCGUCGGUUUGCCUGCAGCUCCGCCGCCUCGACGCCUCCGGCCAUGAACAGUUCCCGGGCGCCCAGCCUGUUCCCCUCGGCGCCGCGCCCCGGCCCCGGCCCCGGCCUGGCGCCUCCGCAGGGGGCCGCAGGGCCGGGCCGGCCGCCCUUCUGGGACAGCCGCCUGAACGCGGGCCUGAGCGUCUUCGUGGCGCUGGCGCUGGGCGCCACCAUGCUGGGCUUGGGCUGCACGGUGGAGCUGAGCCGGCUGGGCGCGCAGCUGAGGCGGCCGCUGGGCUUGCUGCUGGCGCUGCUCUGCCAGUUCGGCCUCAUGCCGCUGGUGGCCUUCCUGCUGGCGCUCGCCUUCGCCCUCGACGAGGUGGCCGCCGUGGCCGUCCUGCUCUGCGGCUGCUGCCCGGGAGGGAACCUCUCCAACCUCAUGUCGCUCCUGGUCGACGGGGACAUGAACCUCAGCAUCAUCAUGACCACGUCCUCCACCUUGCUCGCUCUGCUCUUGAUGCCUCUUUGCCUGUGGCUCUACAGCCGCGCCUGGAUCAACACACCGUUGGUGCGCCUGCUACCGCUGGGUGCAGUCACCCUGACCUUGUGCAGCACGCUGCUCCCCAUCGGCCUUGGAGUGCUCAUCCGCUACAGAUACCCGCGGCUGGCAGACAUCCUGCUGAAGGUUUCCCUGUGGUCUCUUCUGGUGACCUUGGUGAUCCUUUUCAUUCUCACGGGUACCAUGCUGGGUCCUGAACUCCUAGCCACGAUCCCUGCCACUGUCUACGUGGUAGCUGUGUUGAUGCCCUUGGCAGGUUACAGCUGCGGCUAUGGUGUAGCGACGUUAUUCCGCUUGCCGCCCCACUGCAAGAGGACCGUGUCCCUGGAGACUGGCUGCCAGAAUGUGCAGCUCUGCACUGCGAUACUCAAGCUGACUUUCCCUCCGCAGCUCAUUGGAAGCAUGUACAUGUUCCCCUUGCUCUAUGCCCUCUUCCAGGCUGCAGAAGCUGGCCUGUUUGUGUUAGCCUACAAGAUAUAUGGCAGGGAUUUCUACAAGCAAGAUACUCUAGGUGGGGAAGAAGAUGAGACUGAUAUUUCUUACAAGAAGCUCAAGGAAGAGGAAGUGCCAGAUACUUCCUAUGGCACAGUGACUGCGGAGGGUCAGGGCUCAGUCCUCAUGGAACCUUUACAGACUGCUCUCUAGGGCAAAUGAAGGCAUUAAUGGGAAAACACCUUUUUAAGGAUAAGUGAUGUAGCAAACUGGGGGACGGGGGUGCCAAGUAGUCCCUGUAACUUUGAUUCCGUAAGCAGCUUCAGAGGAGUCUAUGGACUGCAACCAUGUAAAUAAAUAACAGGUUCUCUGUGACCAUCUUCUUACCUGUCAGUACGAAGUAUCAGUGUGAGCUAUUGUCAUAAAUGUGGUACAAUAUACAUUGAAAUGCAAGCAAGAAACAGGGUUGUACGACUGAAAUGACAGUAAGACAAUAUUGAGAAUGGGAGGGAUAAGAAG